AUGCCGAACGGCACGGAUCAGGUUCAACCACCAUCGGAAAACACAGCUUCUCCGGCGGAAUCAAGGUCCCGGAAGCGUGCGUCUCCAGGGAAUGACUGGCUGCCUCCUGGUUGGAGAACCGAAGAAAAGAUGCGAACCUCCGGCACGAAAGCUGGUUUGGUGGAUAAGUUCUACUACGAACCAGUGACCGGUCAUAAGUUCCGGUCCAGAAACGAGGUGAUGUACUACUUGGAACACGGAGUAUCAAAAAAAGCAGCCAAGAAAGCUGAAAACGGUGACACACAAUCAGAACGUUCUGAAAGCCGAGGAAGCUAUAAGCGGCCGACCAAAUCCAACAAAAAGGCUAACGAGCAGCCGCAGCCGCAGCCACAGCAACCGCCACCACCAAAGCCACUGGAGUUUGAUUUUAUGAAUGUGCCAGAGAAGGUCAUUUGGACCGGGACAAACGGUUCAGAAGAAGCUUGGUGGCCUUUCAUUGGAGACUUCAAGAUUCAAGAAUCUGUCAGCCACGAAUGGGGCAGGGCGUUCACUUUUGUCACCGCCCAAACCGGUAGAAACAUGGCGGUUUAG